GGACAGCCCCGCCUCCGCCAGCUUCCGCGCCCGCUCUUCAAGGCGGCAACCAUACGCAACUCUCUCCAACCUCAAUCUUCCUCCUUCAUCACACAUCAUCCACCCACAAGAACUUAUGUAUGCCCCCAACCUUUCUCUAUCUCCGAUAGUGCCUCGCAUUUCUUUAUCUUCUUGCGCUCGAACUAACGUCGCUCUUUUCUCUUCUAGCAUCGCUGCGAGACAUUACACUGCACCAUAUUCUCUAGACGACCCGACCAACAAUCAUCAUCCUUCAAGCCGACAAAAUGAGAAGCAAGUUUAAGGACGAGCACCCCUUCGAGAAGCGCAAGGCCGAGGCCGAGCGCAUCCGCCAAAAAUAUACCGACCGCAUUCCGGUCAUUUGCGAAAAGGUCGAGAAGAGCGACAUUGCUACUAUCGAUAAGAAGAAGUACCUGGUACCAGCAGAUCUCACCGUAGGCCAGUUCGUCUACGUGAUCCGAAAGCGAAUCAAGCUGUCGCCGGAGAAGGCCAUCUUCAUCUUCGUCGAUGAGGUGCUUCCGCCUACAGCGGCGCUGAUGAGCAGCAUCUACGAGGAACACAAGGAUGAGGACGGCUUCCUCUACAUCACAUACUCGGGCGAGAACACUUUUGGUGGUUUUGAGACUACUUAAACCCCGCCGCGCUUGUCCAGGCAAUGACUUGCUUUCCUAGAUCGCUCUCGGCGUUUCGGUUUUUUUAUGGUUUGAUCGCUCCGAUCGCUGGUACUGGAUGGACUGUGUGUAACAUGUGUGUUGUUGGUUGCGUUUGCUUUGAAGAAUGGGCUAUUGCUGGGCAUGGAUGAAUGAGGAUGGGUAGCGCUGGUAACAGCUUGGGCAUCCGAGAGGC